AUGACGGACCAGACCAUGUCUACCUACGUCCCAAAAGAGGUACCUCUACCUCCAGCACCUGACACCUCGUUUUGGUCGGAGGAACAAUGGAAAAUACUCUUUGCAAUCGCCGAUGCCAUUAUUCCAUCAGUUCAAGUUCAGACCGCUCCUCAGUCACCCAACACCAAAGUUGUCUCAGCGGCUGAAUAUGAUGCGGCGCAUUCGCAAUUAUCAUCCAUGAUACCUGGCCCGGAUUCAAAUGAACUCGCUACAAAGUUCUUAGACGAAGAGGCCUCAACAAACCCCGUUUUCCGUUCAGUCGUACAGCGCAUCAUUGGAGUAGGCGUGCAUGAGGAAGGUAAAAAUGGACUCGGUCUGAUUCUAAAUGCUCUGAAUACUCGAGCUGGAUCACUGAUUCUGACUGGAUCUACUACUCCAAUUCAUCAGCAGCCUGUUGCUUUCCGCGAAAAGGUGUUUACAGGCUGGGAUACAUCUCGGUUACCCCCUUUGCGGGGGCUCUACCGGGGCUUGACCGCAAUCAUCAAGAAAUCUUGGGUUUUGGCUAGCCCAAAUCUCAAUGAAGUUCUGGGAUUUCCACGGGUUCCAAUCUACGGUAAACCCACCGCUGGAUUUUCAUACGAAUUCUUGCAAAUUCCACCAGGUGACGAGCCUGAAACGAUCGAAACUGAUGUUGUGAUCGUGGGCAGUGGCUGUGGUGGAGCCGUCACUGCAAAGAACCUUGCUGAGGCUGGACUACGAGUUCUCGUCGUAGAAAAAUCUUACUCUUACUCCACCGAUUCAUUCCCCAUGCUGCCCAAUGAGGCAUUCAACAACAUGUAUGAAAGUGCGGGCGCUGUUGUUAGCGAAGAUGGAUCAAUGGUUGUUCUUGCAGGUUCUACGUGGGGCGGCGGCGGCACUGUCAACUGGUCUGCAGCCCUCCAGACCCAGGCCUAUGUUCGUCAGGAAUGGGCCGAUGAAGGUCUUCCUCUCUUCACAUCUUUGGAUUUCCAACGAAGUCUGGAUCGCGUAUGCGACCGGAUGGGUGUGAAUAGCGACAAAGUCAAACAUAAUAUCCAGAACAAUGUCAUUCUUGACGGCGCGCACAAACUUGGCUAUGCGGCCAACACAGUGCCGCAAAAUACAGGAAACGAGGAGCAUUACUGUGGACACUGCACGAUUGGCUGUGCGUCUGCCAGGAAGAAGGGACCAACGGAGACUUUCCUUGCUGAUGCCGCGAAGGCUGGCGCUACUUUUAUUGAAGGCUUCCGCGCUGAUAAGGUUCUCUUUGACACCCAGAAGAGUGGUAAGAAGGUAGCCAGCGGCGUGGAAGGUGCAUGGUCCUCUCGAGAUCAAUAUCUUGGACUCAGUGACAGUAGUGCAACCAAACGAAAAGUGAUCAUCAAGGCAAAGAAGGUGAUUGUCUCAUCGGGAACGUUAAACAGUCCCUUGCUGCUUCUCAGGAGUGGUUUGAAGAACGCACAGAUUGGCCGUAAUCUUCAUUUACACCCAGUAGUAGGUGCUGCCGCUGUCUUUGACAAGGAUAUUCGCGGCUGGGAAGGCUCCGCAUUGACUACUGUGGUCACUGAAUUUGAGGAUCUUGAUGGACACGGACACGGAAUCAAGCUUGAGUCGGCAGCCAUGAUUCCUUCUAUCUUCAUUCCUGUUCUCCCUUGGACGGACGGAUUAGGAUACAAGAUGGCCGCAGCCAAGUUCCGCCGCAGUACUAGUUUCAUCACCCUGACAAAGGACCGAGAUGGUGGACGUGUGUUCCCAGACCCCAAUGAUGGACGUGUUCGCAUCGAUUAUACAGUCUCCAGCUUCGACAGACGUCACAUUGUGGAGGGUAUCAUUGCCGCUGCUAAGAUCGCUUACAUCUCAGGGGCUAAGGAGUUUAUCACAACUUCCCGUGAGAUUGAACCAUUCAUCCGGCCUGAUGCUUCUGAACUAGAUGCUCCUGAGGGAACAAAUGAUGCCGCUCUACAGGCCUGGAUCGCCGAGGUCCGUCGAAAGUCACCCUUGAACCCAGAGCGUACUCUGUUUGCUAGUGCUCAUCAGAUGGGUACUUGCCGAAUGGGAAAAUCUCCUAAGUCAAGUGUGGUAGACUCCGAGUGUCAGGUCUGGGGUACCGAAGGGCUGUAUGUGGUGGAUGCAUCUGUAUUCCCUAGUGCCAGUGGUGUUAACCCAAUGGUUACCAAUAUGGCUAUUGCAGACUGGGCAAGCCGGAAUAUCGCACGCGUUAUGGGUCAUUUAGUGAGUGACAAUAGCCGAAUGGCUCGCCUUUGA